GUUUCUCUGUUUUUCUUAUUUUACGCGACUCCUCCUCCUGAACGGCCGCGCCACCAAACAUAACAGCUGUCAAGAGCAGAGAAGAAGGAAAGCGAAAACUAGGCCUCUUCAACACGGUGACGUUCCUACUUCUUAUUCGUACUCAAACAAACAGCUGCACCGCCAUCAUCAUCGAACCAUGACCUCCUCAACGACUUCCAGGACAACCCUCUAUUAUUCAAAUGACGGCACUGGCCGUGACACCUACGUGAACUAUGCCAAUGCGUACUGGAUGAAUCCCCUGCCGGCCGGCACCUUCUUCAAGAGCACGCCGGAUGUAGCAGGGAAUGACGCGCCAAACGGCAGCACGUUGGUCAUGGGUGACGGCUCCGCCUACCCAGGCCGCACACUCUUUGGGAAGUCCCGCUACGGAACGACCGUGCUGGCGGCCGGCCAGCCAGGUUUAACCCAAGGCGGUGGUGCGGACGCUGCGGGGAGCGCCGACGCCGAUGCCGCGAUGCGCGCAACAGGGAGAGGUGGGUCCGGUGAAGGCGACUUCGAUGGGCACGCCACGACAGACCUGGAAGGCACCAACGGCGGCUCUGCCAACAAAGACGCUGCGGGGAGCGCCGACGCCGACGCCACGAUGCGCACAACGGGGACGGGUGGGUCCGGUGAUGGCGACUUCGAUGGGGAGGCUACAGCGCUGGCACACGUGCCCUACGACGUUUCGCAGCCGGAGCAGCGCCUGUGGCAGCCUGGGCACUCCACGGUAGGCCUCGAAGGCACCAACGGCGGCUCUACCUACAACGGCGUGAAGCCGGAGUGGACGGCGCCGCGGGCGGUGGACAACACUCUGCUGCGCCUCGCACCGACCUACGAGUCGACGUGUCACUAUCAGCUACGAACGGGCCGAUUUUACACAGACGACGUGGCGCCCCCUCAUGAGUGCACGCUACCGGACAAGGGUGUGUCGUGGGGAAAGUCUCGCUAUUAUUAA